AUGUUUGACGAUUGUGUGUGCAAAAACACGCAUUUUAGAUUCUCUUUGUUGAGUGGGGUAAGUGCAUCUAGUGCAGAAGAUAACAGUACGAAUACAACGUCAAACGUGACAAACAGCACGACAUCAGCGGCGAAUGCUACAACAACUGUGUGCACUACAGUUGUACUACCGACGAACGGGACAACAGCAGCCUCAUCCACUAACGCGACCACAGGUAACUCGACUAAUACAAGUGCCACGACAAAUAGCACGACGACAAGUGGAAAUACUACAGCAACAAUGGUGGUCUGUACGACAGUGACGGUAACAACAACGACUAGUGCCGUCAUAGCGGUCGCGCCAACGUCAAAUACGACUAGCACCGCCUCCACCAACUUAACAUACAACCCCAAUCUCAAGACUUACGAGCAAGUCUUGGGCAGUUACCGGUGUGACCCAUGCCCAGCAAAUCGGGUUACGUGGUUGAACAUAUCGCAGAUUCCGCCAAUCACAAAAAUGCGGUUCAUCCAUCCAAACUUAAGGCUUCUCUCAAUCCAUCGAUCCUCGGAAGCAUCUUGAGCACGUUUGUUUCAUUCUUUGCAAGGGAAGGACAACUGUCUCAGGUGGAUGCGUCUCACGAUGGACCACGAUAACAAGGGUGAGGACCACCUCUGCUAAGAAGCAACGACGUGAAAAGUGGCGAGCCUUCCACGCCCAACUACGCGUACUACAGCUUGGAGAUGUCGCCCUCUGCGACGUACAAUUUCUACCAGAAUAUGCUGGCCCAGCACGAAAAAGCAUUGGCAGCUGCCGCAACGACAACGACGACGACUACGUCUACAAUCCUUGGAGCCAACGGAACGAACAGUACAGCGCUUGUAUUAAGGCGCAACUUGUUGUUUCAGUGGUCACCAUGUAGAUUGGAGUCACUGAGAUCGAAGAGGGGGUCCCUUGAGAGAACAGGGGAAAAUGAAGGGAAAUAAAGGGGAGAGCUUUGAAGCGGGCCUUUUCCGUUCAGCAUUAGCGACCACAGUGACUGCUGGCCUUUAAUUGUAUCUGCGACGACCAUUACAGCCACUGCUACAUCAUCCGCGAUGGAUCUGAUCUACAAUCUCUUAGCAAACGUGACAUCGUGUAAGUUAAGGCUCCUACCGUUGAAGCAUCCUCAGCACGCCCAUCCUCGGCCUCUUUUACUUUUUCAAGAGGAAACGGAAAUGGCGCGCAAGGAUGUCGGCUCAGGGAUGCGACGCGGUAGCUCUAAGUAAGUGCCUUGCAGUGACGAAUCACUACGUCGAUGCCACAACAGGAGCCUGCACUGUGUGUCCAGAGCAUUCAAGCAUUAACUCAUUAUGCUGGGGGUAACUACUACGUUAUAUCCAACUUUUUUAGUAUUACUAGUACUACUAGUAGUUGUACAACCAGUGCUGCCGCUGUCUUGUUUGUCUUCGUACUAUCAUGAAGUACUUAUCUUGGUUUGCACUUCUUGGUAAUUUUUUAGUCACCCACGGGCCACGGCGGACAGCGUUCAUCUAGAUGAACGGAGCAAUCACAUGGUCUUUCUCUAAGAACUGCCGUCUACCACUCUUCUCCCUUGACUGCGGAAGCUGUAGGCCUUGGCUCUUGCAAAUGCCCCGAUGGCUACCUUUCCGUCUACGGCGGUCCGAACAGCGACCAACUCGUGAGGUGUCGGAGGCCCGAUGACUGUGACAUCAUAAUGUUCUUAAGGCUCUCCCAAACCUACUCGAAAACUGAAAAUAACCGAGUAAGUGACUGAAAUAAGGGAGGUAGGUAGGUUUGACAGGGCUACUCUUCCUUGUUCAGGCUUAACUGUGCUUAUUUCAAGUAGUUACUCGGUUAUUUCAGUUUUUCGAAUACCUCUUGUCAGGCAUAUCAAUCAAUCAAUCAAUCAAUCAAUCAAUCAAUCAAUCAACGUUCAUCUUGAGCAGAUGCACGACCUUUAUUGACGUGCUCUGUCCCUGUUCAUCUUGAGCAAAUGCACGACCUUUAUUGACGUGCUCGUCUCCAGGGACAGACAAGAUGUCAGACAGGAAGAUGCGCUCCAAGAUGAAUAUAAUCGGUACAACUAAAUAGAAGAAGGUCUAAAGUUCCUUGCAGAACGAACCGGAUCUGACGUGGAGUCACUGCAUUGGGGUACCUGUGGAUUCAAUUUCACAACGAACGCGAAAACGAGCAUUCUAGAGCAUGAAAGCGAGUGUGUUUUACGGUGUUUAUACCCCAGGGACCCGGAGGAUCCUAACGAUGUGUGGAAAACAGUACCCCUACGCGUCUAUUGCGAUGAUGGGGUGUUGACUGUUAUGGGAGAGAGAGAGAUGAGACUUGGACGAGUUGUGUGAUUGGUUGUGUUGGUUUGUUGACGAAUUAAGAUUAUUAAGUAGUGCUGGGAGGGUUGAGUUGCUGUCGUGAAAGUGAAUUAUGUACUAGUUGAGUGUUCCCGCUACUACUGCAAGCUUUUGCUUCCAUCCACGGAUCGGACGGUCUUUCACGUUUUUGUUUAGAAGCUUGUUUCGAGGAGUUCGACUACAACUUGUCUUUUAUUCGCUUCUAACUGCAGCCCAAGCGUCGAGGUAAAAUGCAGCAAAGGAGCUCGGUCGAUCCCAGUUGCGAUCUUCUUUAGUUUUCUGUCUCUUGCGGCAGGAAUCGCAGCUCUCAUGGUCCGUCAGAGAAACAUUGAUAUUGUGGAUAUCUUGUAGUUGUCGAUGAUCGAUAUUGUUGUACAAGAACUUGUUCCCUGUUAUCUUCAGAAGUACCUGACACUAUCAACGGAUCGAUUCGGAAUUUCGAUUUUCC